AUGACAAUAAGGAAACUUCCAGAUGAUGUAAUAGCAAGGAUAUCAGCUGGAGAAGUGAUCACAAGGCCGCUUGCAAUCUUGAAGGAAACAAUUGAGAAUUCGCUAGAUGCACACAGCACGCAUAUCACAGUCAGGUUAGAGCAAGAUGGACUGUCUCUUGCUAUUGAGGAUAAUGGCGAAGGAAUAAACGAGAAUGAUUUUGGAAUGUUAUGCAAGCAGUACUGCACAUCGAAGAUCACAAGUGAGGAUGAACUUUUUUCAUUGUGCUCGUAUGGAUUCCGUGGAGAAGCAUUAUCUUCAAUAAGUAGAUGCUCUAAAGUGAAAGUGCGCAGCAAGAAGAAGCAAUCAGAUGUUGGAUAUGAAGCAGCCUACAAUGAUACAGAAAUGGUGUCAAUCAGAGCAGUAGGAAUGAACGAUGGAACAUGCAUUGAAAUCAAAAAUAUUUUCUACAACAAUAAGCUCAGGGGAAAACAUUUUCUGAAGCACAAGGAUGAGGUGAAGGAGAUGAUGUGGCUUUUACGAGGGUAUUCUAUAUUCAACAUUGGUGUAUUGUUUACACUGAUUGUUGCAGGAAAGUCCCAAGAAUUCAUGAAUAUAAGUUAUAGAAGCAAAGGAAAUUGGAUUGUUGAUAAUGGCUUGUAUCAUGAAAGCACCAAUCUUCGCUGGAGCAGAUCGAUAAUAAACUCAAAAUUGGCCAUACUGCAGAGCAUGUGUAAAAUUAAAGAAAGAUUAGCGCACAGGACUGGAGACAAGUACCUUGUUAUUUUUUCUGAAGAAAGCGAAGUGCAUAGAAAGAGUAUGUUUGUUCUGUUUGUGAAUGGAAGGCUGGUAUCGAGUAGGAAGAUGAAGGAAGCUGUUUUUAAAGUUUAUAAGAAGAUGAUUUCUGAGGAUUAUCAUCCGCUUGUGUACAUAGAGGUGGAAGCCGAUAAAAGCAAAGUGGACGUGAAUGUUCAUCCUUGCAAGAAAGAGGUAAUGCUUGAUGAUGAGGACUCGAUAAUAGGUGAGAUAUGCACAUGCAUUUCAAAUGCAUUGAGAAUAAGCGAUCACGUACCUAGAGAGAUAAGACACUCGUUAGGAAGCAGUCAAAGCAGUGUUUCUAAGGUUUAUGCGGAUCCAAUGUCUCAAUCUAUUGACGAGUGCUUUGAGGAUGAAUGCAUGAUAGAUAUAAGGUCAUUUAUGCUCGAAUCGCUUUCUAAGAUGAUGAAAGAGAUUGUUGAUGUUGAUACCGAUUUUUUCAAGAUGUUAUUCUAUGUUGGCGUUAAAGACAAGAAUACUGUGCUUGUACAAUAUAACACUGCGUUAUUGAACUGCAAAUCAAAGCAUCUUUUGAAGGAGUAUUUCUGGCAAGCACUUGUAAAUGGGUUCGGAAAUUUCAGACGAAGGAGCGUUAGCAUUCCUAUAAGCACGGUGAUUGCAGACAGAAUGAAGAUGAUGCUCGAUGACUAUUUCUGCAUAAUAAUAACUGAUGAUGCAAUUGUGAGUUUGCCUGAGAUUUCUGGAGUGUGUGUGGAUUACCAUAGCCUAUGGAGUGAUUUCAGUGUUGAAGAGGGACCUGAGUAUGAGACCUUGGCAGGCGUGAUUGAAAAGUUGUCUGCGAUAUACUCUGAAGCAGAGAUGAAUCAAAAAUUAUUUAAUUGCAUGAAAAGGGAAAUAAAAGGAACAAAAGCGGCACUUGAAUGUUUUGGACUGGUUGUUACGCUUAAAGAGCUCUACAAAAACUUUGAGAGAUGUUAA